UGGAUCCGACGCCCACGUACAAAAGUGCCGUUAUAAAUUGACUAUGGACCUCCCACAAUUCUGGUUAAUCACAAAUAUCUCCGCACUCAAAGUACUUUCACAGAAACCAGCGAUAGCUCAACUAGGGCGCAGGCGCUUUGAAAAUCCUCCCACAAUUCUGGCAACUAUCCAAAACACAUUCCUGGCGACUUCCCUCUGGUUAUAAAACUGCAUCUUUAUAUCUCUCUCGUUUUUAUCAAUCAAUCAAUCACGAUGUAUAUCUUUUGUUCCGGCUUCAUUGCCGUCCUUGCCUAUGGCUCCACUGUCGUUGCUGCGCCGGCAGCAAACACCUGUAAUCCUGUCGACGCUGUCUACGCGAUAUUGAAAGGAUCUUUGAAAAAUCAAGCAUCAUCUUUCUGUCUCGACUUUCUCGGGGGGCACAAAACAGUUCAGUCAACUAAGACCAUUCCUGUAACUGGUGCAGGGAGAACUGUCACUAUCACUAACCCCGACCAAACUCAAACCGCAAACAUUGACGUUACGAAUGUUAAUCGAGUUACGAGCACUAUCGACCAGACCGCAGCAAACCCAACCACCACUACUACUGUCACCGUUACUGCAGGCACCAGAACCAUCUACCAAAAACGUGGCGUCGUUCCCACUCAGCUCAUUGCCUUCGCCUCCUCUCGCAUUUCGAGUGCAUGUAGCUGCAUUGUCACUCCGACCACCAAAACAAUCACCAAUACUCAAGUUCAGACUGUCAAUGGGCCUCAAGCUAUUCAAACAGAAGCCGGAAGACUUGUCACCGUUACCGUCACCAGAACCGUACAGAUCACUUCCGAAGACACUGUCACUAAGACAGUCAGUCCGGCUGGAACCGAUGUGCAGACUGUUGCCACGACCGUUACACCUAUUCUCGUCAAGCCCAAGAUAUGCAAUGCGAAAGGCCUCCCCGGCCCAAACGCUUUCAACUAUGACGCCAACUUCAACACCAACCAGGCAGCCUGUAUCGCGUCAUGCAAGCCCGAUAAUAGGUGCUUAGCUACUGGGUUCUACAUCGUGACUGAUCCUAGUACAGGUACGCAGACUGGUACUUGCCGCAAGUAUGACAAGUCUGUCACCGACUCAGCGGAUCUUGGUUUUGGUUAUUACAACUUCAACGAUAAGGCUUGUUAAAGUUUCCUCUACUAUUUUCAUUUAGGAAUAUUCUUAAAGUCUUCGGCUAGUUCCCUUUCAAAAAAACGUAUUAAUAUAGUAAUGGAUCUGUGUUUUACGCGCUCUUAUCUUUUGUUACUUAAUGCAGCUUAUACAGACUCUAAAUAGUACACAUAUGAUACAAUUAUAUGUUAGGAACGCAGAGGGCAUG